AUGUCAUCCAAGUUCAUCAAACCAGGUAGAUUAGUAAUCCUCUUAAACGGUAAAUACGCCGGUCGUAAGGCUGUUGUCAUCAAGACCUUCGAUGAUGCCACCGCAAGCAAAUCAAGACCAUACGGCCACUGUUUAGUUGCUGGUAUCGACAAAUACCCACGUUCAAUCGUUAGAUCAAUGAGCAGAAAGACCAUCCUCAAACGUACUGCCAUCCGUUCAUUUGUUAAAGUCGUCAAUUACAACCACAUCAUGCCAACCCGUUACAACUUUGAAGGUCGUGAUGAAUCUGCCUUCACUGGUCUCAAAAACACCGUCACUGUUGAAAGCUCACAAGUCGCCAAACGUGCUCACACUCGUUUAGCCGUCAAAAAGAUCUUUGAAGCCAAACACAAAGCUGGUAAAUCAAAAUGGUUCUUCUCUAAAUUAAGAUUCUAA